UGCGCCUCUGCUCCGGCUGGACCGCCGCGGAGGAGGCUCCUAGCGUCCGGCGCUGGGGGGCUGGCUCGCGAGGCCGCAGUGGCUGCUGCGGAUGGGAUCGGGCCGGCCCGGCGCGCCCAUGGAGCGCCACGGCAGGGCCGCCGCGUCCGCAUCCGCCUCGUCGGCGGCCCAGGAGCCGGCGCCCGGCGGCCCCGAAGGGCGGCGGCGAGAGCCGCCGCAGCGCCCGGCGAGCAGCGCGUCGGCGCCUGCGGUCGGGGGCUCGGUCCCCGCGGCGGCCGAGGGCGUGAGGCGGGACGCGCCCGGGGCCGGCGGCGGCGCCACCUCGCUCACCCGCCAGCGCGUCGAAGGCCUCCGGAAGAAGCGGCCGCUUUUUCCAUGGUUUGGCUUGGAUAUUGGUGGAACCCUGGUCAAGCUGGUUUAUUUUGAACCCAAAGACAUCACGACUGAAGAAGAGGAGGAAGAAGUGGAAAGUCUUAAAAGCAUUCGGAAAUACUUGACCUCCCAUGUGGCCUAUGGGUCCACGGGCAUUCGGGACGUGCACCUGGAGCUGAAGGACCUGACUCUGUGUGGACGCAAAGGCAAUCUGCACUUUAUACGCUUUCCUACUCAUGACAUGCCUGCUUUUAUUCAAAUGGGCAGAGAUAAAAACUUCUCGAGUCUCCACACUGUCUUUUGUGCCACUGGAGGUGGAGCGUACAAAUUUGAGCAGGAUUUCCUCACAAUAGGUGAUCUUCAGCUUCGUAAACUUGAUGAAUUAGAUUGCUUGAUAAAAGGAAUUUUAUACAUUGACUCAGUUGGAUUCAAUGGACGGUCACAGUGCUACUACUUUGAAAACCCUGCUGAUUCUGAGAAAUGUCAGAAGUUACCAUUUGAUUUGAAAAAUCCAUAUCCUCUGCUUUUGGUGAACAUUGGCUCUGGGGUUAGCAUCUUAGCAGUCUAUUCCAAAGAUAAUUACAAGCGCGUCACAGGUACCAGUCUUGGAGGAGGGACUUUUUUUGGUCUCUGCUGCCUUCUCACUGGCUGUACCACUUUUGAAGAGGCUCUUGAAAUGGCGGCUCGUGGAGAUAGCACCAAAGUGGAUAAGCUAGUGCGAGACAUUUAUGGAGGGGACUAUGAGAGGUUCGGACUGCCGGGCUGGGCUGUGGCUUCAAGCUUUGGAAACAUGAUGAGCAAAGAGAAGCGGGAGGCGGUCAGCAAAGAGGACCUGGCCAGAGCUACUUUGAUCACCAUCACCAACAACAUUGGCUCCAUAGCCAGAAUGUGUGCCCUUAACGAAAACAUUAACCAGGUGGUAUUUGUUGGAAAUUUCUUGAGAAUCAAUACGAUCGCCAUGCGACUUUUGGCAUACGCUUUGGAUUACUGGUCCAAGGGCCAGUUGAAAGCCCUUUUUUCGGAACACGAGGGUUAUUUUGGAGCUGUUGGAGCACUUCUUGAACUGCUGAAGAUGCCCUGAUCGUUACUGAGGCAGGUUUCCUGGAACCUUCCACACUGGGAUCUGUGGACUUUUUUUUUUUUUUAAGAGACUUCAUUUUUUUGAUUGUGUACUACCUGAAUCAAAGCAAGAAAGGACAAGUGUAUUUUUCUAAGUCAUCAAGAUAAAUUCUUAAAAAAUUUCAGUCUGAAGUAGUAAUCCAGCAAGGAAAGAACAAAACAAAACCCUAGUGGCCUUGCCGUAGCAGUGGGGAUUUGCCACGUGUGGGUCGCCUCCGAGUGUGGCCUCCUUAAUGCUGCUGCUUCCCGAAAUUCAGCAUCACUCACCGGAGUCCCUUCAGGGGAGCUGUUCUGUGUUGGCUGUGUCGUGUUUGAACUUGCUCUAUGUAAAGCAAGCCGCUAUGUGUUACAAUCUAAAGCGCAAUGUUGUCAAUAUGGCCUUGGAGAGCCUCUGUGCAUUCACUCUGCUGUAUGUAGUCUUGGUGUACCGUGAAACAGGUUUUAUUUCAAGGUUCUGCAGACGUCACCAGACAGGCUAACUUUCUGCCAUUGAACUCUGGUGAGGAACUGGCAGGCAGUCGGUCAACUCUGGGUGUCUUU